AAAAAAUGUCAAUAACAUCGAUUCAUCGAUAGUGGCAUCGAUGAUUCUCCACCUCUAUGAAACAAACGGAGAGCAAAAUACAAACACGAGUGGAAAGAAAUCUGUAAUUUAAAUGUUUCAAGUGGUUUAUUAACGCUAACUCAAAUUGAAAAAAGUUAACCCGCACCCCACAGCAAACUAAGAGGAAUCAUCACCAUAUGCAAAUAUGGAUUUCCACAUACUGAUUGUCAUUGGUUGUGUGUUCACGGCAUCUCUGUUGUCCUUUCUGUUCAUCAACAAGAUCUUUCGGCGUAAGACCUUCGAGGAGGUUGUAGCCGAGAAGCGCGCACUCAGCGCCAAUUUGUAUGCCCAGAAUAAAUCUGGUGGCAAUGCAGCCUCCCAGCGGAAGCCCAAGAAGAAGGAGCUGAAGCGGGAGAAGAAGCAGCGACAGCGUGAACAGCAAAAGGAUAAUGCCAGCAGCAACAACGAGCAGGACGAACAGGAAGACUUCUCUGAUGGUCAUUCCGAGGAGCAGAAUUUGGAAGAGGAACCCGGUUUGUCCAAGCAGCAUGUCGAAUUCGAUCCGGAUCCAGAAGUGUUGAACGAGCAGCGUCGCACUAGCGUCAAUGCUGAGAAGGAGAACCAAGCCAACAAUAAUAACAUCAACAACAACACCAAGAAGGGCAAGAAGGACAAACGCAAUGGAGCUGGACCCAAGGCUGCUGCAGCUACGGCUGCUGUCGGCAUUCUGGUCAACAAGAAUGAAGCGAUCAACGUUAAGCAGACGCCAGUUGAGGAAACGCCCGUGUUGAACAACUUUGAGGCACGUCCGCCCAAGGAUGUCGUCGAGCUGAAGAAGCAGGAGCAAAAGGAACGCAAGGAGGAAAACACCAAGCAGCAGGCUCAAAAGAAGAAUGGCGGCGCUGCUGCCAAGAAGGAGAAACCAACCGCUGCUGCCGUGGCCCUCAUCAAUGCCGCCAUUGAACAGCCUGUUGAGGUGCCACAUGUGCCCAAGCAGCAGCAGGUGCUCAAGCAACAGCAGCAAAUCGGUUCACCCAAAUUGCAGAACAAUGUGAACAAGAACAAGCAACAGGUCAACAAGAAACAGCAGAAGGAAACAACUCUCGCAGCCAAGGAUCUUGUCCAGGCUCUCGACAAGCUCGCCGAGCAUCAGACCAUUGGCGUCUCGGCUCUGAUGAAUGUCUUCUCACGUGCCGAACUCAAUCGCUCCGAGAUACAAAUACUCAUUGAUUAUCUGUUGAACAAACAGCAAGAUAUGCCCGCUAAUCAUGGCGAUUGGUCCGAUGACAUCUGCCAGAAACUAAAGCGUCAACUGGAGGAGAAGGAGAAACAACUGGCUGAGGAACAGGAGGCCUCCAUUGGCAUCCAGGCUAAAUUGCGUGAGCUGCGCCAAGAGGUGAAUACCGAGCGUGCUCAAAUGCAUGGACGCAGCCAGGCCUACAACGACAAAUUGGCCUCAUUGAAUCAGGAUCUGGUCAAUGCCAAUGACAAAUUGACCGCAUUGGGUCAGGAUCUGGCUGCUGCCAAUAAGGAGCGUAAUGAGUUGCAGGCCAAGUUAUUGCACGAGAAACAGGCCAGCUCGCAAGAUCUGUUGCUACAGCUGCAGCGUCUGCAGCAGGAUCUGGUGCACAAGGAGAAGGUCAUUGCGGAAAUGACGAGCUUUUUGAACGCCGAGUCACAACAAAAGAAUGAGCUGAUUCAACAGCAGACAAAGCAACUGCUCUCACUGGAGCAGCAGCGCGAUGAGCUCGAGGCUCGCCUCAAUAACAGUGUCUUUGAGCUGGAGCAACGCAAGCAGCUCGAGACCCAGAACACUGAACUCCAGCUGGAGCUGCGCAAUCUGAACAAUGCUCUUGAGACGGCUAAGGCCGAACUGUUGCAAUCCCAGGCCGAUCUGCAACGCGUCUGCAGCACAGAAUUGCCCGAGUUGCGUCAACAGACGGCCGCUCUGGAGGCCAGCAAUGUCACACUCAACCAGCAGUUGAGCCAGGCCAACAGUCAUGCGGUCCAGGCGAAUGCCCAGCAAUCGGAGCAGGCCCAAGCACAGUCCGAGGCUCUCAUUGCACUUCAAGCCGAGCUGCGUGCCCUCAACGAUGUCCAGGCCACACAGAAACAGCAGAAUAGCACGCUGCAGUCGCAGCUUGUGGAGGCUCAACAGCGUGCCGAGCAGCUGCAGGGCAAGGAGAAGCAGUUGCAGCAGGAGCUGCAAGAGCAGCGCGAGAAAAAUAAUGACGUUCGUCUGAAAAAUUGGAAGUUGAUUGAAGCGUUGCAAAAUGCCGAAGCAAACGCUAGAGCAACAAUAAUAACAACAUCAACAGCAAAGACGAAAACAAAUACAGCGCUAAGCGUAGGCCAACAACACAAGCAGCUGCAGGAGCAACAACAAUUGCAACAGCAGCAACAAAAGUUGACAGCUGCUGCCAACGGCGCUUUGAGCGGUGGCAACUCGGCAAAGGGCGAACAGCAACGCAUUCGCGAGCUGUACCAGCGUUUGUAUCCGGAUGCAGUUAAGGCGCAUGCGGGCAACGCACUCAGCGCCUCCUUUGACGAGUGGCUGGAGCAGGUGCUGGCCACACACCUGAAGCAGCAGCAACAGAAGCAGCUGCUACUCGCAGCCCAGAGCAGUAGUAAUAAGUCCACACAAUCAACAAACAAUGGCAGCAGCAACAGUAGCAGCAGCGAACACAACAGCAACAACAACAAUAAUAAUACCCACAACAAUAUUAGUAGCAAUAAUAGUAAUUCGAAUAGCAAAUCCCUCUUCGUUAGUGCUGCCGAGCAGCAAGAGCUGCAAACACAGAACCUAAAGCUGCGCAAGCGCAACGACGAACUCACGCAGCUGGUCACAAAGACGAGCAACACUCUGAUUGACUUGGAGCAGCGAGCACGCGAGCAAGACGAUCACUGGCGUGGCAUUGUUAGCGAAAAGGAGCAGCUCAUCUCGAAGCUGCAGCAUGCCUCAAAUGGCGAGCAAGACAUUUAAUGUCGCCGCAGUUGGGAGUUUGUUGCCCCCCAUAAAUAAAUAAAUUCAGCAGAACCACAACGAUUUAUAUGGACAACAAUCAGAGCGUUUGUCGAACUUCCACAAAAAAAAAAAUAAGAAAGCAGCAACUCAACAACAACAAUUCUAACAA